AUGGACUAUGAUGACUACUCACAGUUUUUGAUAGGCGGAUACCCCUAUGUUCCUGGCUACGCUCCUGAUCCUCCUGCUCCUCCUUCUCCGCAGUAUAGCCCUCCCCCAGCUUAUCCAUCUACACCCUCUCGCAUUCCGAUUCGCAACUGGCAGCCGACUUUUCUGGAUGAUGCCCAAGCUAGGCAUGGGUUUUAUCCCAUAGAGUUCCUACUUGAUGAUGACCCCUACGCUCCCGGUUACGCUCCUGCUCCUCCUGCUCCGCCUGCUCCUCCUGCUCCUCCUGCUCCGCCCUCUUCGAAGUAUACUGUCUAG